ACACACGUUGGGGAUAGGAAGUGAUAAAUAAGAAGGGGAGAAAGAGUCCAGCAUCUCUCGCACACAGCAGGCUCAAGGAUCAGAACCAUGAAGACCAGACUAGGCUGCCUGUCCAACAAAUCUGACUCCUACAGUGACUUCUCUGAGUUCCUGCCUCCUGCCCACGAAACCACUGCGAGGUGUCUGAAAGUAUCAACGGAUGAGGUUGUUCGAUGGUCAGAAUCGUUUGAUUAUCUCCUCUCUCAUAAAUAUGGCCUGGCUGCUUUCCGGACAUUUCUCAAGUCAGAGUUCAGUGACGAGAAUAUCGAGUUUUGGAUGGCUUGCGAGGAGUACAAAAAAAUCAAAAGCUCCACCAAGCUUGUGUCCAAAGCCAACAAGAUCUUUCAGGAGUUCAUUGAUAUUCAGUCACCCAGAGAGGUGAACAUUGACUACCGCACCAGGGAAAGGACCAAACUGAGUCUAGGAGAUCCGACCCCAACUAGCCUCAACGAAGUCCAAGCUAAAGUCUACAGCCUCAUGGAGAAAGACUCUUACCCACGAUUCCUCAGGUCCAAGAUGUACCAGGAUAUGGUCAACAGGGCCAAUGCUCAAGGUCAGAGGAGCUCCAUGCAUGCAAUCCCCCUAGAAACAAAGUGUCUUGGUGGACUGCACUCUUCAGUAUAG